AUGCCGCCUCACCCCCUCGAACUACCCCCAACCCUCUCCCCAGACGCCCUCGACACCCUCACCGAACUAACAGGCAUCCUAACCCGCCUCCGAACCGCAAUCCAAACCUCGGGCUCCUCCUCCUCCUCCAUCGGCGGCGCCCUCACCACAGGCGCGACCCCAGCCGGCACCGGCGCCACGCCCAACCCUCUCGGUUCCGCCGCCGGCGCCGCCAGCCCCAACGCGCCCCUCUCCCUCAAAGACGUCCCCGCGCAGACCGACGCCCUCAAGCACAAGCUGCAGCGCGCCCGCACGCAGAUGCGCACCCUCCCGGAUAUGGAGCGCACCGUUGAUGAGCAGGAGGAGGAGAUCAAGGAGCUUGAGGAGAGGAUACGGAUGCAGCGUGAGGUGUUGGAUCGGUUGAGGGAGGCGGGGGUUAAGUUUGGGCAUGAGGAGGGGGGACGGGGGGAUAAGAUGGAGACGGAGUGA